GAAAGGCUGGACAGAGAGAUCGCCGAACUGUCGCGUUAUGUGACUUUAGUUGAGCAGAAGAUCAGCAUUAAUCGGAUCGGAUGUUGCGCUUACUGGGAGUUCCUCUCGUGUGUGGAGUCGGCCGCCGACCGCAAGUGCAUCAAAGACCGCACGGAUAUGCAGAUGUAUACCCGACAACUCGGCUCUACUGUCCCUCUCGACGAUUGCAAACGAGACUUUCCCAGAGAUUCCGAUUGUCUGAAAUAUCCGGCAAAGGAUUACUGUCGAGUGGAUCACAAGGAUAUAGAGCUAUACACCACUCAAUUCAAUCCGAUGUUAGUAUCGCCGCAAUUGUGUCGCGACUACCAGAAGGGGUCGUGGAAGUGCCGGAUCCCACUCUGGCUUAUACUCAUCGUUGCCAUCGCAGCCGUUAUUGAGGAGGAGAAAGAAGUGAUACCAAUCAAAACGACCAUUUGGGAAGUGGUCCCAAAGCCUGAAAGUAUUGAGUUUAGGGAUUGUAAGCUGGAUGUGGACCCGACCCGACUGUCCUGUAUGGACGCCGCCACUAAAGCCUAUCAAACAAACACCGAAACCAUAUUAAACAUCACAAAGACGAGGACCCGAGCGGCCUGUUGUGGCAUUUGGCACGUCUAUGAUUGUGUCAAACCAGAGGCCAAUAAAUGCAAACCAAAUAAGGAUUACAUCAAAUAUUUGGAUGACGUGAAGAGCUUCUUCGGC